AGCAGAUGUGCUGGAUCAGUGGGAUUUCUACAAACAGCUGUAGGGGUUUACUUAGCUUGAGACUCUCUCUUUCUUCUGUCCCUGUGCCUAGAGACUGUUGUUGUGCUCUGGGGAAAGGAUCUGAAUGUGCACUUUGUGGGGAUUUUUUGCUUUCGGAAGGUGUGGGAUGGACACCUGACUAACAACCUGUGUCGAGAGCAUAACGGACUUAAGGCCAAACGUCUUCUCUAAAAGUUCAGUGCAGACAGCUCCUUUUUGCUUGUCAGAUGAGGUGAAAGAAGAGCUGAAAGCAGAAACCUCCAUUGUUUCUGUACUGCCUAUAACGCGCAGAUCACAGAGGCAUCCGGGUCCAAAUAGAGAGAGAGAGAGAGAGAAAGAAAAGAUAGAAUUCUCCCACCCAGGCUCUUAUCCUGGAUGCUGAACUACCUGGAGAGGACAUCAGUGACCUGGUCCAUGGGUACCAGCACCUCUCUGCUCCUAGGGAAGGUUUCACUAGGUCCUGAGUCAGGCUAGCAUGAAAAGAGACAAGUGCCAUGGCGAUGGGGAGACAGACUGCAGGGCAGAGCUGGUCUUUGUCAACGGAGGCUGCAGUGACCCUGCUGAAGAUGAAGCUUCUCCCCCAGCUCUGGAAGCAAAUGGGAGGCCCAAUACACAAGAUGCUGUGGACCUACGAAUAGUGUCCACUAGGAGCAAGAAGAUCGGCAAGGAAGACGUCUCCAAGGAAGACCUAUCUUGGCCCAUGAAGCUCAGCAAGGCUCCGGAGGUGCGAACGCGCGGUGCUGCCGGCUGGGAGAGCAGUCUGAGGCAGAAGCCUCCAGCUCGCAGGAUAUUCCAGGCAGGACUUAAAGAAGAGAAUGACCUGGAGAGUGACAAGGAGUCCCUGGCUCCCGUUCGGUGCUCCAAGAGGAGGACAGCUAUGUCUGUCCAGGUUGCCAUGAUUGACCUCACUGAGGAGGAUUCCAAGGAUUCCUCCCAGAGCAGCAGCACCACGUCUGCCAGCAGCACCCAGGAGGACCAGAACGGAUCCCCCGAGCUCGUCGCUGGGGAGCAGGAGAGCAGAGUUGCGGGGGAAGUGGUGGAAUACCAGGAUGGGAAAGAUUUUGGAAUUGGGGAGCUCGUGUGGGGGAAGAUCAAGGGCUUCUCCUGGUGGCCGGCAAUCAUCGUCUCCUACAGAGUCACGUCCAAACGUCAGGCAAUCUCCGGAAUGCGCUGGGUGCAGUGGUUUGGGGACGGGAAGUUCUCCGAGGUUUCAGCAGACAAGCUGGUGGGCCUGAUGGCUUUUAGGCAGCAUUUCAACCACUCUACGUUUAAUAAGCUGGUCUCCUAUCGACGAGCCGUGCACCAUGCUCUGGAGGUUGCCAGGAGCCGGGCAGGGAAGACGUUCCCAGGCACCCCUGGGGAGUCUCUGGAAGAACAGCUAAAGCCCAUGAUUGACUGGGCGUUGAGUGGCUUCAAGCCCAUGGGAUGCAAGGGACUGAAACCGCCGAAAACUCCAGAGAACGGAGUGGCUCUCCUCAAGAAUGGCAUUGAAGAGGUCUGUGCCCCUGAACACUGCCCCCCGGCCAAGCGACUGAAGACUAACUUCUGCAACAACAGCAAGGAGCGGGUGGAGGAGGACCAGAGCAGAGAGCAAAUGGUUUCCGAAGUCACAAACAACAACAGGAGCCUUGAAGACAGUUGUUUAUCGUGCGGGAGAAAAAACCCAGCCACAUUCCACCCGCUGUUUGAGGGGGGCCUUUGCCAGACUUGCAGGGAUCGAUUCCUGGAGCUCUUUUACAUGUACGACGAGGACGGUUACCAGUCCUACUGCACCGUGUGCUGCGAGGGCAAGGAGCUGCUGCUGUGUAGCAAUGCCAGCUGCUGCCGGUGCUUCUGUGUCGAAUGCUUGGAGGUCCUGGUAGGGCAAGGUACCUCGGCCAAGGCAAAAGAGCAAGAGCCCUGGAGCUGUUACAUGUGUCAACCACAGAAGUGCUAUGGGGUGUUACAGCGCCGACCGGACUGGAAUGUACGGCUGCAAGACUUCUUCACCAGCGACAAAGGACAGGAAUAUGAUGCGCCUAAAAUCUACCCGGCAGUGCCUGCAACAGAAAGGAGGCCAAUCAGAGUGCUGUCCCUAUUUGAUGGCAUAGCAACAGGUUACCUGGUUCUGAAGGACCUAGGCAUCAAAGUGGAGAAAUACAUCGCCUCUGAGAUUUGCGAAGAUUCCAUUGCUGUGGGAACUGUCCGCCACGAAGGGAACAUCACAUACGUGCAUGAUGUCAGGAACAUAACCAAGAGAAACAUUGAGGAGUGGGGUCCUUUCGACUUAGUGAUUGGUGGAAGCCCCUGUAACGAUCUCUCUAUUGUGAAUCCUGCCAGAAAGGGUCUGUAUGAGGGCACUGGAAGGCUGUUCUUCGAGUUCUAUCAUCUCCUCAAUUACGCACGUCCCAAGGCGGGGGAGGAACGCCCCUUCUUCUGGAUGUUUGAGAAUGUUGUGGCCAUGAGAGUCAAUGAUAAAAGGGACAUUUCUCGAUUUUUGGAGUGCAACCCAGUUAUGAUCGACGCCAUCAAGGUAUCCGCUGCACACAGAGCGCGCUAUUUCUGGGGCAAUCUGCCUGGGAUGAACAGGCCUCUGGUAGCUUCCAGGACUGAUAGAGUUGAGCUUCAGGACUGCCUGGAGUACAGUAGGAUAGCAAAGUUGAGAAAAGUGCAAACCAUAACGACUAAAUCCAACUCCCUCAGGCAGGGGAAAAGCAUGCAGCUCCCAGUGCUCAUGAAUGGGAAAGAAGACAAUUUGUGGUGCACUGAGUUAGAAAGGAUUUUUGGCUUCCCCCUUCACUACACGGAUGUGUCCAACAUGGGGCGUGGAGCUCGUCAGAAGCUACUCGGGAGAUCGUGGAGUGUCCCGGUCAUUCGGCACCUCUUCGCCCCGCUCAAGGAUUAUUUUGCCUGUGAAUAGCAGGGAUUCCCUUGUCUCUUCUGGUAAAGAUGCACUAGCUCAACUGCCUGUGUGGGAGAGGGAAGGAAGAGAACGGCCCACAAGCUCCAUUACUUGGUAGGAAAUGGUCCCCCGAGCCACACGCUUUGGGAAGGAAGUGUGGCCCUGCAGGGAGAGCGUAGGAAACUUUCUUUAACCAAAGAACCUGUUAGGGUGACUUUUUCAAAGGGACAGAAGACAACGCUCUUUAGAAAAUACCGAACACAGAAGCUAGCUUACCCCACCCAGGAGAGCGUAGGUAUGGUGGAAGAGACCGCUAUGUCUCACACAGAGCAUUAACCAUUCCAUUUUACUGUACAAUUGAAAAGUAGCGAUUCAGAGGCUGGGUGGUGAAAGCCGCUGGCUGGCGGGCUGCAACCAUACUUGAAAUAGGUAGAAACAAGGCUUUUGUGGGGAAAAAAACCCAGCCUCUCAAAACAGUUGCUAAGAAAUCGGAACUGUAGCCACAGGUAUAAAGAACCCUGUCAGGUUACAUACACUGAACAAACCAGCGGGAUACAAGAACCAAAUAGCUUUUUACAUUUUUUUUAUUUGUUAAAGUUGAAUUUUGUUUUUAAACUUUUGUUGCUGCUUUAAGGCAUUACAUGAGAAUGUGGAAAUUCCUAGACCUGAAUGUAGCUGAAACUGAACUGUGAGGUGAUAGAAUUACUGUUCUAGUUAGAGCUAAAGAAAUGUUGUUGUUUGUGUCUGGCUGUAGUUUUACCAAUAUUCACUCCUUCCUUUUUAAAACAUUCUUUUAAUUUUUACAUUAAGAACAGCUGAACAGCUAGAAAGGUAAAACAUUCGUCAGUUUCUGGAGAGUCUGGGCUCCAAAGCAAAAAAGGAAAAUGUUCUCUUAACGUUUUGCAAACCAAUGUGCUGAAAUGGGCAGGAAGGGGCAGCACUCAUGUUCAAUGCUGGUUUUUUUUUAAAAACCUCAAAACUUUAUUUUUAUUAACAGUUUUAUAAACCUGAACAGUGUUGCCAACACAGUGUUGUCCAAUCCUGAUCCCACUAAGUCACCGGGGUGAAAUCCUGGCCCUGUUGAAGUCCAUGGCAAGACUCCCAUUGACGUCAGUGCAGCCAAGAUUUCACCAAGGAAUUUUGCUCUGGGCUUUGGCCUGAUUCUUCUCCCGGGUUAGUCAGUGGUGCUUUCGCUACUGACUACAGUGGGGCUGGAGCAGGCCCGUGUAAAGGGAACCCUCCUGCCAUGGAGUAAACUCUCGACACCCCCCACCCUCCUUCGGGAGAGUCCGUUUUUAUUAUAAGGUGAAUCAGACAGAUUCCCACUGUUCUUAUCUCAUCUGCCAUCCCUGCACAUACAGCUAAUGUCUGUUAAGAAGCAUAGAGGGACAUAUUUUUACUCUGAUCUUUGCCCGCCCACAGGCACCAGUUGUGUGCAUGGCCCCGGCCUUGGCAGGUGUAAUCACCUACCCAUUGUGAAGUGGAUGAUGCCCUUUGCUGAGUUGGGUUUGACCCGGGUUGAAAAUCUGGCUUCAGGCUGAACAACCAACUAUGGAUCUAGUGCCACUGGACCCUUCCUGUCUAAUCCACUGCCAUGCUCUGAGAAAGGGACGUCCCAGUCAGGUCUGGCCAUCGUGCUGGUGGCUAGGGCAGACCUGCUUCCCCAGCGCCUUGCUGAGGGCCUCACCUUACUUCCUGCCUUUACUGGAAAAAACAAACAUUUGCAAUGUUGAAAGAAACUCCCAAGACUGACUAGCGCUUACUGGAUCCUGAAUUGGAUAAAGCCUGGACCCAGAGAUUUCAGCUCUCAAAUACAGUAAUCAUGGGCCGGGCAAGCUAGUGUGUAGGGCUCUCAUGCAUAUCGUACAUACACCAUGAUGAACAGUCUCUCUGACAGAUCUACUAAUGACACAGGGAAGUCACUUUAUAGGGAAGUCAGACUUUUUCCCCACAGAGCUUCCCCUAAAAGUGGCACCCUCCUGUGCAUAUUGCCAUGCUUUGAAACAAUCCAGGACUUCAGCUCCUCUGUCCUCUCCUAGCUCUGUUCUUCACUCAAACCAGUGGCCCCAGUGAAGUGACGCACUUUUUAUGCUCAUGCUUAACAGAACACAUGUGCUUCUAGAAGUGCUUUGCUGAAUUGCAGGAAGUGUUGCUUUAUCUGAUUUGACUGAAAGCAAAUGCCAUUGCAUCUAAGAAAAGGCUCGGGCAAGAGGCAGACCAAUGGACUCUGGCUAGUCGUUGCAAAGGCUUCCAUUUCUAAAUGAAGAGACGCCUCUGUCUCCUAUGGCAAAGUAAACACCAGCCUGGCCCCCCAGACACGCUUGCAGGCUAUGUGAAAAGCUAGGCAAACAGCAGUCUUUCCGCAUUGUGCUCAGCAGCCUUCCUAAAGGGCAGCCUCCACUUUAACAAGGAUCCAUGAGAAAUGAGAGCGUCCCUAUCUCUGCUCCUUCUGCCCCUCCUUGAUAACAGGAGACCCCUGUGCAUUUCCUUGCCACGUCCUAGAAGAGGGCAUCAUCCCCAGUGGAUGAAGACCCUCGUGUUUCCCACUCCUCGCAGGGUGUAGCUUACCCUGUGUCGAGCUGUUUUUGCAGCUGCAGCCUGCCUCCUCUUGAUGCCCAGGUCGGGAGUCAGUUGGGAACUGACAGCGGGGGGAAGCAGGUCACAGCCGUGGGAGACGGGUUUUCCCACAGAGGAGAGGAGAGACUGAGUAGCGCUCUCCUCUCAGUCCUACCCCGUUGCACUUGGAAACCCUGUCAGUUAGCUGUUCCCACGUGACAUCCACUUGAGAAUGCACUGACUUCCAAAACGCUGAAGAAAAACCAGCAGCGCUCUCCUGUGUGCUACCUCCAAUCUUUCUAAGCAACUCAGGGACAAGAAGCAGCCUAUCAUCUCCCUUCGUCAUCUCACACCCAUAAACUACACAGAUGUGACUCAGGAGACACAUGGGGCCAGAUUUUCAAGUGAUGUAGGUGUUCAAAAUGGUCUUCUCACCUGAGCAUGCAACUGACAAGUCUGCACACAGGAAUGCACAUGCAGCUGGCUAAUUGGGUGCCUCUGUGUGCAAAGUUGGAGGAACUCCACAUGCAUUUACAUGCCUACCUCGCCUGAAACUCUUGAACCAAAAGCUAAACCUGACCCCUAAACCUGUUCUGGAUCUGGAUUAGAACACUAACUCCUCAUCCCAGCCCUAGUUUACUGUCAUGUGAAAGCGUUUGAUAGUCCCUGAGCUCCAAGUGGGUGGACCGCAGAACCCCCUAGAGGAGAACAGAGUUUUGCAUGUUUGCAGGAGUCUGCCUACAUGGAGCUCCUGGCAGAACUGAGACUUUAGAUUCAAGUGAGACAAGAAGAUGACAAAAUCCCCAUGUGAGUCCUCCAUUUAUUUUAGCCUUUGACCUUUUUUCAGACUGGAUUAACACACGCGACCUCAACUCAGCUUUAUCUUUGAAUUCUCUACCCCAGUUUUUAUAUCCUUCCCUUCCUCAUCAAAAGAAAAAUAAAUAAAUAAAUAAAUAAAUACAAUGCAGAAGAUUUGGAAAGCAAAGAAAGAUUAGGAAGAGAGGAGUAAGAGUUGUUUUGGCAUUAAAUUUACAUGUAAAAUUGUAAUCUUCCACAAAAUAUUUUUCCCUGUAAAAUCUGCCUUUUAUUACAAAUGUUUAUACAAAUGUUUUCAGGAGAGAGCUGCAUUUCAGGAAUGCUAUUUUAAUGAUUCUUAAAGGCCUUUUACUCUCAUUGGUGCUAUUUUUUUAGACUAAGGAUUUUAAUGUCAAAACUUUUGUGGGUGAUCUUUUAAAAUCACGACAAGCUUGUAUUUUUGUUGUGUUGCAAUAAUUCAUGUUUUCUGUAAAAUCGGCCUAGUACCAAAGUAUGAAAAAUCAAAACUGUGCCUUGUCUAAACAGUUUUACUCAUUUUCUUAUGAAAAAGAAAAAAGAUCAAUGCCCAGAGUUUACCUUAACGUUUAUCAGUUUAAUUAAAAUCAGUAUUUCUAUA